GGACAAAAUGGAGGGCUGAGCCUUUCGCAGAGUUGUAUGUGAGAGCAAGGAACGACAACUCUGCGUGGAGAUUGGGUAUUUGAAGGGAUGGAAAACUAGUGAUUUGACUAUAACGCCAAAAUGUCUGCGACAUGCAAUGUACGAGUUGACCGGCUGGUACCGAGCUUUUGAAGAAAUCGAUUUCGGAACCUGUAAAUGUAAACAGUUAUGAAACAAUUUUGACAAAACCACGGCGUAUGCAACAGUGGAGAGAGAAUGUCAAAAAGGCAAGAAAUAGACAAAAUUCUCACAGAGUUUACUAGUGGAAGCAUCGCGGCAGAUGAGUGUUUCUGUCUGAUCUUGUCUCUGUGUGGGUUACAGGAGAUAGAAUCGCGUUUUCUGACGCUCAUACAGGGCCUGCGCCCACGUUAUGGCGAGUUAUACAACCGACUGUGUAACGUGUAUAUGGGGUAUUUUGACAUAAAACCCUCACAAAUACCCUCAUUUCUACCGGACCUGGACCGAGCUGUAGAGAAUGGUUACUAUGCCACUGACUAUGGGUCAAACAAUAUCGGAUUUGAGCUGGAUAUGGAGCUCGCACUCAAACUCUCCGAACAGGAAUAUACUGCACUUAACAACGGAUACAGCAAGGCUCAAACAUCUAAAUCACCAGGAUUUUCAUCUAAACCUCCAGGAUUUUCAUCUAACCCUCCAGGAUUUUCAUCUAAACCUCCAGGAUUUUCAUAUGCUGGAGCUCUCAAAACAGGCUCAAAUCCAAUGCCUGUUACAUUUUCAGCUGCAAAACCUCUGAAUAAUCAGCUGGAUAAUGUGAAGCAUACUUAUACACCUGUCAAAACUGUUGAUCAAUUAGCCUGUAACUCAAAGGACAAAACUGAGGCCUCUGGAACCGCUGAGGACUCUAUAGGUCAAAAUAGUGAUGUUACUGAAAAGCCAAAACAAAAAAGAAAGAAAAAGAAGAAUAGAGUAGACAGGCCUCUCUCUAAUCCUUCUGUCAUAUUUUGGUUCCGCCGCGAUCUCAGAGUGUAUGACAAUCCUGCGUUAGUUGCUGCAUCUCAAUCAGGUGCCCCCGUUAUUCCCAUAUUUUUGUGGUCAGACAGAGAGGAGGGCCCUCAAAAGACUCUUGCUACUGGUGCAGCUACUAAAUACUGGCUCUACAUGGCCUUACCGAAACUCAACUCGGACUUAAAUAAUCAGUUUAAUAAUAGUAUCAUAUACAGGAAAGCUGACAAUUAUCUUAAUGAACUUCUUGACCUAUUCAAAUCUUCAGGAGCUAAAACUCUCAUUAUAAAUGAUGUUUAUGAACCGUUUCUGAAGAGCAGAGAUGAUAAGAUAUGUAGUGUCCUUAAAUCUAAAGGUAUUAAAUGUGAGCGACACCACUCAUACUUGCUCCAUGAACCAGGCACUAUCAAGACAGAAUCUCUGUGUAUGCGAGGUAUGGGCUCUGUGACACACUUUAUGGAGAUGUGCCGUCAAUGUUCCACGUCUCCUAUAGGAUUACCGAUAGACCCGCCCGAGUGUCUCCCUGCAGGUACCUACAGACCAGAGUCCAUGCCACUGGAGAUGCUAGACUUGGGGAAACUCCCAAAGCGUAAGGAUGGAACUGUGAUUGAUUGGGCGAAGAUUAUCAGAGAGAGCUGGGACUUCUCGGAGACUGGGGCGUGGGAGGCACUCCAACUAUUUCUAAAUGAUGGUGUCAGACGUUAUGAGAAGGAAUCAUCAAGAGGUGACCAGCUGAAUACAUGCAGAAUCUCACCAUACUUACACUUUGGACAGAUCAGCCCAAGGACCGUGUUGUGUGAGGGACGCCACAUGAAAUCACCCAAGUUCCUGCGUAAACUGGCCUGGAGAGACCUGUCAUACUGGAUGCUGUCUGUGUUACCGGAUCUACCCAGCGAACCUUCCAGGCCUCAAUAUAUUCAUCAAAGGUGGAGCCAAAACAAGACUCACCUUAAGGCGUGGCAAAAGGGAAAUACUGGCUACCCAUUGGUUGAUGCCCCUAUGAGACAGCUCUGGUUGACAGGUUGGAUGAAUAAUUACAUGCGUCAUGUGGUGGCCUCCUUCCUAAUCUCUUACCUACAUAUAUCCUGGGUGGAGGGGUAUCUAUGGUUUCAGGAUACAUUACUAGACGCCGAUGUUGCCAUCAAUGCCAUGAUGUGGCAGAAUGGAGGAAUGAGUGGUCUGGAUCAAUGGAAUUUCGUCAUGCACCCAGUCGAUGCCGCCAUGACUUGCGAUCCCAAGGGAGACUAUGUCCGUAAAUGGGUGCCGGAGUUAGCUAAGUUGCAUGAAGAUUUUAUCCAUCAGCCAUGGAAAGCGCCUCCAUCCAUCCUACGAAGAGCUGGCAUUGAACUAGGGGUAAAUUACCCACACAGAAUCAUCACAGAGCUAGAAGAAGCCAGGGAGCAAUCAUUGCGUGAUGUUGUCGAAGUGAGACAAAAGUUUCCAGAAAUGAUUGAUCCCAAGACAGGAAAUGACCUAGUUAGACUGCCUUCUGGUGUCAGAGUCCCUGUUAUCACGAGGAAGGAAUUCAAAUAUAAGACCAGUAACCCAGAUGGCAAUGAAAACCCCCAUAAUGCAGUGCUUCGUGGCUACAGAGGUAGGAAGAGAGAUGAACUGGUGGAGUUUUUCAACCAGAGAGAUUUUCUAGCAAGCACAAUGAAGGAGUGUACCUCCAGACAUGAAAAUGGACUGAAACAAAUGGAUUUGUCUUUUUUGUGAAAGCAGGGCUGAUCAUUACACAUAAUAGGGACGCUAUAUUUGUUUCUCUUCUGUAAUGUCAGUGCAUUAACUCAUUAUUUCCUGUAACAAUUGUCAGCAGGCGACUUGAAAUCGGUUCUAUUGCAUUAAAGAUAGCUAUUUAGAUCGGCUGUUUUAUAUGUCAUAAGCCCUUGAAAAAGUGUGACAAAAGGAGUAAAUGCUCAUGAUGAGCAUUUUCUCCUUUUGUUACAAAAAUUUCUUAUGUCGUCUGCUGCAAAAUAUUUAUCUGCAGGCACCAAGAGUUAAGAGUAGUUAAGCCUAUCCCUAUUUAAUUUUUCAGCUUGUGAAAAUCAAAGAGUAAGAUGUUCUGAAAUGCCCUUGAAGAACUGUACAUUUGAAUAAUUCAAGUUGAAAACAUUGAGGCAAAAGAAGAAUGUCCUCAUCUUGAUCAUUUUCUUCCUUUACCCCAAAUGUUUGUUAAUUCAAUGUUUUCAAUUGUUAUUUGAUGCAAAUUUCUUUAAAUAUGGAUAGGGUUAACAGGGAAAUUGCUUUUUGGAUUUUAUGGCUAGUCUGUUUUGAAAGCAUCAUAGUGUUCAAUAGAUCUAAUCUGCCAAAAACACAUGAAAUUUAUUUUCUUGCUAGCAGCAUGCUAUAUAUCAUCCGUCUUGAUCAAAAAGGCUGUAACUGCAGCUUGUGACAACCCAUUUCCAAACAAUCUCUGGAAUUUACUUGUUUUUUGCACACAACUCUAGAAAGCAUUGUGCUGAAAGGAGAAAUUGCUCAACUUGAGCAGUUUUAUCUUUUAUCACAAUUGUUUCAACCAUAACAACUACGUAACUUCAAACUUUAUUCCAAACUAAACUGUCAUCUGCAAACUCUUUGAAUUUGGGAGGGUCCAAAAUAUUUUGUGUGGUGAUGGAUAAGCUGCAGUUACGUCCUUUUUGAUCAAGACAUAAUAUGCAAAUUAGGAAUUACUUUUCUCCCUGUAGAUGACUUCCUGUGUUGUUCUAUAUCAGCAUUUCCUACUUUUGUCAUGUUUCAACUUUCAAGAUUUUAUUUAAAUCAAAAAGAUGAUGCAUUUUUAUGCCCCCGGUAGGAGGGCAUAUAGCAAUCGGACUGUCCGUCCGUUAGUCCGUCCAGUUAUAAUUUUCCGGAGGUUUUUUCCUAAUCGCUUUCAGAUAUUGACCUGAUUUUCUCUAAAACAGUUUCCCGGACUUUUUUCUAAACGCUUUGAGAUAUAGACCUUAUUUUUGGUGUGUGACUCUACCUGCAUGACUUUCAGAUCAAGUUUGAGGUUCGUUACGGUCAAUUGAUUGUUGACAAAGUUACGGGCAUUGGACUUUUUCUCUGAAUUCUGAAAAAAUAACAGUUUUCCAGAGUUUUUUCCUAAACGCUUUGAGAUAUUGACCUGAUUUCUGGUGUGUAAGUCUACCUGCAUGACUUACAGAUCAAGUUCGAGUUUCGUUCUGGUCCAUUGAUUUUUUACAAAGUCACGGGCCCUGAACUUUUUCUCUUAAAUAACAGUUUUGAGGAUUUUUUAUGCCCCCGGAUCGAAUGAUCGGGGGUAAUUGUUUUUGGCCUGUCUGUCUGUCUCUCAUUGUAUGUGUGUGUCCCAAAACUUUAACCUUGCUCAUAACUUUUGCAAUAUUGAAGAUUGCAACUUGAUAUUUGGCAUGCAUGUGUAUCUCAUGGAGCUGCACAUUUUGAGUGGUGAUAGGUUGAGGUCAAGGUCAUCCUUCAAGGUCAAAGGUCAUAUACAAAGGUUAAAUACCUACUGGGGGCAUAGUGUUUCACAAACACAUCUUGUUUUUUUUUAAAUAUGAAUUUGUAUUUAUCUGAGAUUGUAAUAUUUUACAAUUAUUGAUUUUGUAAUUUGCAAGUAAGUUAUUUUGAAUAUGAAUUAGAAUUUAUCUGAUAUUGUCAUAUUGUACAAUGUUUUAUAUUAUAAUUUGAAAGUCAUGGAAAAACUAGUGGAUGCAAUAUCUAAUUUUGAGUAAAAUAUAACAUGUCAUUAUUUUAUGUGUAUGAUACUGUGAAUAUAAAUUGUUUUAUAUGUACUUUUUAUUCUGGCAUCCUAACAUUUAAACAUUAUUUUGCAUUGCAUGUAAAACUAACAUUAAAACAAUCCAAUAAUCAUACGCAUAAGGAGUAAAAGAACUUAAUAAGUUAUGGUUUGCAAUAAACAGUAAAGAUAAUAACACCAUACUUUCUCAUCAAUAAGCGUAUAUUUGCAACUUACUAUAACUUCUAAAAUCACUUGACGAUUGGUUUUUUUUUAAAUAUGAAUUUGUAUAUGUAUUUAUCUGAUAUUGUAAAAUGGUACAAUUUAUGAUUUUGUAAUUUGCGAGUAAGUUAUUAUUUAAUAUGAAUUAGAAUUUAUCUGAUACUGUCAUAUUGUACAAUGUAUGAUUCUGCAAUUUGCAAGUAAGUUAUUUUAAAUAUGAAUUAAAAUUUAUAUGAUAUUGUCACAUUGUAAAAUGUUUAAUAUUGUAAUUUGAAAGUUAUGGAAAAACUAGUGGAUGCAAUAUCUAAUUUUGAGUAAAAUAUUACAUGUCAUUAUUUUAUGUGUAUGAUACUGUUAAUAUAAAUUAUUUUAUAUGUACUAUUUAUACUGGCACCCUUACAUUAUUUUGAAUUGCAUGUAAAACUAACGUAAUAAUCAAUCCAAUAAUCAUACAUAUAAGUAGUAAAAGAACUUAUACUUGAUGUUUUGCACGAAACAGUUUAUUUUGUAACACCAUACAUUAUCAUCAAUUAGCGUAUAUGUGCAACUUACUACAUCUUCAUAAGUCACUCGGCGAGUGUUGUUUUAAAUAUAAAUUUGAAUUUAUCUGAUAUUCUAAUAUUAUACAAUUUAUGAUAUUGUAAUUUGCCAGUAAGUUAAUUUAUAUAUGAAUUAAAAUUUAUCCGAUAUGGUCAUAUUGUACGAUGUAUGAUUUUGCAAUUUGCAAGUAAGUUAUUUUAAAUAUGAAUUAGAAUUUAAAUGAUAUUGUAAAAUUGUAAAAUGUAUGAUACGGUAAUUUGAAAGCUAUGAAAACAUAGUGGAUGCAAUAUCUAAUUUUGAGUAAAAUAUUACAUGUCUAAAACUAUAAUCAUAUGUCCUAUUCUCUUUAGUUUUCUUGUACCUAUAGACAAAUCAUUUCAGUUUUUUUCUACUGUAUAAUGUCGUUCCAAAACUAAUCAAUCUGGUUUUAACACGCGUGGUGGUUUCAGGCUUUUAAUAUUGACAACUCAUAUUGUCUUUGCUUACGUUGAAACAUGACAUAUUUCACGAUCAAUUGCCUGUGUUUUUGUUAGAAAAUGUGAUAAUUACACCUUGGGGCUCUUUCUUUUCGCUUUUUUAAUAAGGGUCUCUGUAUGGUGUAAUGAUUUUUGUUCAAGUUUAAAUACAACGUAUGUAACAUGUAAAGUACUUGUUAACGGGCUCUGCAUCAUAUAGGUCUGUUAUCUAAUAGGCUUUUGCAAUGAUGCAUCUGAAUUUAUAUAAAGUUGUAUUGUAUGUGUCUGGUGUGCGGGCAUGUGUGAAACCAUCCCUUGUUCUUACGUGUGCAUUCAAUAUUAUACAAAAACUAAAUAAUUAUAAACCUUUAUCUUGUCAGGCAGAUUAAAUUAAGUUCUGUUCUUAUUUCUUAACUGAACAAAUAAUAUUCAAACAAUGACUUAGUUUACUUAAGCGAAAUUAAAAAAGAAGUUCUGUAGAAUUCAAUUUGUGAUCAAAAGUGAUGAUGUUAUGUACAACCUCUUUUUAUAUCAAACUAUAGCAAUCUUGAGUGUAUACAAUUUUAUAUUGCAUGGCUUUAUUGUAUGACUAUAUUCCUGCAUUCUGCGUAAUGCUUUCAAAUUAUAAUAUGUGUAAGUGUAUCUUUUCGCAAACUAUCAUCGUUAUGGUGGCGCUAACUAUAGUUAAUUGCUAACACUUUUUAUUGUUCUGCUCACGUGUAUUUUUGCAUUAUUGCAAUGGUUCCAAGUUUGAUUGCCAAUCCUUGGUGACUAUUCAUGUUGCUUAUUUAUACACCCAACAUAACUUCAAAUAUCAUAAAAAUGAUACCAAAGUUAUCACCAUCCUCUAUCGUUUUCUUCAUUCCUUUCUAUCUUCUUACCGCUCUUAUAUCUUAAAUUCCUAUUUGAAGCAGUUCUAUAGCAAACGGCGCUAUCAAAUCCUAUCGUCAACUCAGUCGCAUUAUUGCAUUACUGUCAAAUGCAACAAACCUAUCAUGUCAGCGUUUCUAGCUCAUCUCGUAUUUAUAGGAUAUUAUUAUGUCGUACAUUAAACAGAGACCAGUAAACGCUAUCAUGGUUGCAUAUAGAUCACCAGCUAUUUUCUCGCUAUUCAUACACUUAUUACACGCAUGCCAAUUAUGGCUUAAUGUAACAAGCCUCUUCUCAUUCCAAAUUAAUGUACGCAUGUGUACAAAUAUAUCUCUGAUAAUCGAACAUCCACACAAACGUGUCCUGAUAGGAAAAAACAUAUACACGGACAUUCGUUUUCUCAAAAUGCUCCUAAAUGGUUUCCUGUGUGUCGUUCUAUGUUGUUGGAUCUCUAUAGUCUUAAUGCGAUCAGGUGAUAUUCAUCCAAACCCAGGACCUACUUCGUCUGACCAAUAUGUUGAUACAGAUGCAAACAGUUCCUCUUCCAUCUUGUAUUCCUCGUCUGCAAGCCACAUUAGUUUUGUUCUUUACAAUAAACAAAGUCUAAUGCACAAAAUAGAUCUUCUUUAUACAAGUUUACGCGACUUUGAUAUAAUUGGUUUUACCGAAACAUGGCUAAAUAGCUCUAUCCCAUCUACUGAUCUCCUAUUUGAUGGCUUCCACGAACCAAUUCGUAAGGAUCGCCCAUCAGAUUAUCAUGGAUGUUGCUAUCUAUGUUAAUGAAAGUAUUGUUUUCAAACGCAGACAUGAUAUUGAAGUAAAUAACGUAGAAUGUA